UACUUCUAAUAAUCCAUGUCAUUUUAUAUUCACUCAUAUUUUUUUCAGUAUUCUGAUGCUCUAGACCUGUGUGUAGAACAUAACGUUUGGAUUACAGAAGAAUUAGCAGAAAAGUUCACACUGCCUAAGGAUGAAUCGGCUCGUAACCAAAUAUUAGAAAAAGUGGCGGAGUGUGCUUACGCCCAGGAAAAUUAUAAACUAGCUACUAAGAAAUUCACUCAAGCUGGAAAUAAGGUCAAGGCAAUGAAAUGCUUGCUGAAGUCUGGAGACACAGAAAGAAUUGUGUACUUUGCUAAUGUUUGUCGUCAACGAGAAAUAUAUAUCAUGGCUGCAAAUUACUUACAAAGUUUGGACUGGCGUAAAGAGCCAGACAUUAUGGGAAAUAUAAUUCAGUUUUAUUCCAGAGCAAAAGCCAUGGUUUUGUUGGCUGGUUUCUAUGAUUCAUGUGCUCAGGUUGAAAUUGAUGAGUUCCAGAAUUAUGAGAAAGCAACAGGAGCCUUAAAUGAAGCUUUCAAAGUUUUGACAAACACCAAUGAUACCCAGGCUCAGGAGAAACUACCCUCUAUUCAGUACAAACUGGAGAAGGUUAAGCAGUUCCUUAAUAUUAAAAGAAUGUUUGCAACAGAUGGAGAGUCAUCCAUUAGUGAGCUUCAGGAAUUAUUGGCUGAUCCAAAUAUUGAAGUUGCAGUGAGACAAGGGGACAUAUAUGCUACUAUAAUUGAGUAUUAUGCUGCUCACAACAACAUGAAGUCAGCAGUGAAUGUUUUGCAAGAGAUGAAAACCAAAUUACCUAAGGUGGGUUAAUAUACAGUACAGUGGACCCCCGCAUAACGAUAUUAAUUCAUUCAUGAGAGCUCAUUGUUAUGCGAAAUU